AUGAAGCAAGAGAAUGAAGAAGGAAGGGAUCUGAAGAAGCCCUUUUUACACACAGGAAGUUGGUAUAAAAUUAGUGGAAGAAGAGAAUCAUCAAGUUUGUUUGGGUCAACUCAAGCAAUUCGUGAUUCUUCAAUUUCUGUUAUUGCUUGUGUUCUCAUUGUUGCUUUGGGUCCAAUUCAGUUUGGUUUUACAGCAGGGUAUACGUCACCUACUCAAUCAGCUAUCAUCACUGAUCUUGGUCUCUCAGUUUCUGAGUUUUCUUUGUUUGGUUCAUUGUCAAAUGUGGGUGCUAUGGUUGGAGCAAUAGCUAGUGGUCAAAUUGCUGAGUAUGUUGGGCGCAAAGGGUCUUUGAUGAUUGCAUCCAUUCCCAAUAUUAUUGGUUGGUUGUUCAUAUCUUUUGCAAAAGAUUCUUCUUUUCUCUAUAUGGGAAGAUUAUUGGAAGGAUUUGGUGUUGGAAUAAUAUCUUACACGGUGCCAGUAUAUAUAGCUGAGAUAUCACCUCAAAACUUAAGGGGAAGUCUGGUUUCAGUAAACCAGCUUUCUGUCACAAUUGGAAUUAUGCUGGCUUAUCUACUAGGACUUUUUGUUGAAUGGAGAUUCCUUGCAAUUUUAGGAAUUAUACCCUGUACAUUAUUAAUACCUGGUCUAUUCUUCAUUCCUGAGUCUCCAAGAUGGCUAGCCAAAAUGGGCAUGACAGAAGAAUUUGAACGUUCCUUGCAAGUGCUCAGAGGCUUCGAAACUGAUAUUUCAGUUGAAGUCAAUGAAAUUAAGGCUUCUGUUGCAUCAGCAAAUAGAAGAAACACCGUUCGGUUUUCAGAACUCAAGCAAAGAAGAUAUUGGCUUCCUUUAAUGAUUGGAAUUGGACUUCUUGUUUUGCAACAGCUUUCUGGGAUUAAUGCUGUUCUUUUUUAUUCCAGUACCAUCUUUCAAAAUGCUGGAAUUAGUUCGAGUGACGUAGCUACAUUUGGAGUUGGUGCUGUUCAGGUUCUUGCUACCAUUUUAACUUUGUGGUUGGCAGACAAAUCUGGUCGUCGCCUACUACUUAUUGUUUCUUCAUCUGCAAUGGCUUUGAGUCUUUUGGUUGUUUCAAUAUCAUUCUACUUGAAGGAAUAUAUAUCACCAGAUUCUGAUUUAUAUGCGACAUUGGGCCUUUUAUCGGCGGCUGGAGUUGUGGUCAUGGUUAUCGCAUUCUCUCUGGGAUUGGGAGCAAUGCCAUGGAUUAUAAUGUCUGAGAUUCUUCCGAUUAACAUCAAAGGCCUAGCUGGAAGUUUUGCAACACUUGCCAAUUGGUUCUUUUCUUGGUUGGUUACAUUGAGCGCAAAUUUGCUCUUGGAUUGGAGUUCUGGAGGAACCUUCACAAUAUAUACUGCAGUGUGUGUUUUCACAGCAGGAUUUGUUGCCAUUUGGGUCCCUGAGACAAAGGGGAAAACUCUCGAAGAAAUACAACAGUUUUUCAGAUGA